GGGGAGGGUCGCUUUGUUCAGCAGUGUCAGGGUACAGGCUCAAUUCGCCAUGCCAUGGCGGGCUGCGCUGAUCUGGAGAAUCCUCCUGAGCCAGAGCGCACGCCAGAGGAUGCUGAUGAGCUGUGGCUGAAUGCGGAAGCGGCCCUGCAAGAGCAGCGGUCCAAGAAGGUGCAGAACCCAUGGAGGAACUACACCGGCGCACGUGGCCCAAGUGGGCCGCGCGCCACACGCGGCGAGCGCAGCCCGCGCGACGGCCUGACCAGAGCCACCCGGACCACCCGGACCACCCAAACAACCCAAACAGCCCAAGCAGCCCAAGCAACCCAGGCCUCUCUGACUGUUUCCACUGAGGAGGUUUCAGAAUCCGAGGACUUGUGGCAACAAGCCGAGCAGGAGAUCCAGCGCCGAAGGGAGGCCUGCAAGUCCAGAAGGGGUCUUAGGAUCUACGACAUCUCCGGAAGGGGCAAAGGCAGAGGCAAAGGCAAGGGAAAGGACCGGCAGAGCGAGUGGUCGGUUCCCAUCUCCUAUCCCAGUUCUGCUCAGAGCUCCUGGCGGGGUACGCUGGUGCCUGCCGAAGGUGGCAAGUCCUCCUGGAAGGUGUUGCUGAGCAAGCGCCAGAUGGACGACUCUGCACUGAUGCACUGGUGCGGAUGGGCCCGACCGCGGCUGCAGCAGCCUCACAUGCACUUGACGAUCCUUGAUUUGUCUUUCAAUAAAAUCACCGCUUACGGCCUGAAUGCCGUGCUCAAGAUCAUGAGGGAGGCCGAAGUUCCCGUAGAGGGUAUGAGCCUGCACCACAACUGCUUAGGCGAUGAGGCCGCAGAUACACUGGCGCAGUAUUUGCUGCAUGCACCCUACACGCUUUGGGAGCUCCAACUCUCACACAACAACAUUGGCAACCUUGGGGCGCGUGCCCUCUUGGAGGCCGCAGUGAAAGCUGUGCAAAGUCCACAGGAGCUGCAGCAGGGCAGGGCAGGGCCCAGGUAUCCGUGUGAGCGGGACGGUAAGAAGGUGCCCCUGUGGCUGCGGCUCGGGUGUAACGCGCUGCGCGGGUCGCAGAACUUGCAGAGGACGGAGCUGGAGCUGUUCCCGGCGCGGCGCUCUCUGUGUCCGGUGGCCGACCCCUGGGGGAAUUUCGGCGCAGAGAGCGCCGCGGCGCAGCUGUUCUGCGAGGCCUUGGCUGGCUUCGGCUGCGACCACAGCCGGUGCUCUCAGCUGUACCCGGAGCAGCCCGGGCUCCCUGCCGGCCCCCCCGUGCAUUUGGUGCUCGACACCCCAGCCACGAGUCAAUGGCGGCUCCAGCACAGCCUUCGCGGUCUUCGACGAGACUUGCGCCAGUUCCCCAAAGGCAACUCCGAUCCGGACCACGUGGAACCCGCCCCCGACUUUGUGGACUUGCUUGACGUUGAGCCGAUUUUCCAAGACUUUGAAUCCAGAGCACCUGGGGAGCUCGAGCUCGAUGUUUUCUGCUCGGAUUCAGCAGGUACUGGAACUCCAGAGAAGCUAGCGAGGGGGCGAGCUCGUAUCCUUCGUGAUGUCGAGCUGCCAGGAGGCCUCGGGCCACAGGUGACCUUGCAUGCCGGAGACGAGGUGCAGGUGCUCUACGAAGGAUCAGACGACCUUGGUGAUGGAGGGUAUCUCUUCGCGUCUUUCCUUGACCGCGAAGGCAACAAAUUGAAACG